CGCCACACACAACAAGGACAAAUAGUAUACAGAUAAGUGCUAAUACUGCUCCAUAAAUAGUACUCAAAAGUAUCUUACAAAGACCAAAAAAUAUUAUAAAGCCGCUUCCCAGCGGGACCCUUGCCUUCUCUCUGUAGAUCUAGCUACUCAUCAUCAGCAGGAUCCCGCUGGAGGCGUUCGGCCACUAGUUCUACGACACCUUGUACGCCCUCCCGGGCGGCGUCUUCAGUGUCGGCCACCGGACCAGCAAUCACCAGCUCCAAGGACCCCGGCAGCUCCGACACUAGGAUGGGACUCAUCCCGAGCGGCACCGGUGCCGUGCUCGCCUCGUCGGCCCGUGCAGCAAUGCGCUGGACCCCGGCGCGAUGCUCUGCCUGGGGAUCUUCAAGUGCCUUCUUUGUCGCCUCCACCGCAUGGGGCCCCGGUGCCGCCUGCGCCGCCUGGAACCCUCGUCGUCGUCUCCCUACGGAGGCGACGUCGAGGCCAUCAAGGCCAAGAUCAUCUCGCACCCACACUACUACUCGCUCCUCACUGCCUACCUCGAGUGCAACAAGGUGGGGGCACCACCAGAGGUGUCGGCGAGGCUGACGGAGAUAGCGCAGGAGGUAAAGGCGCGGCAGCGCACGACGCUCGACGGCCUGGCCGUUGCGACGGAGCCGGAGCUGGACCAGUUCAUGGAGGCGUACCACGAGAUACUGGUGAAGUUCAGGGAGGAGCUGACGAGGUCGCAGCAGGAGGCGAUGGAGUUCAUUCGAAGGGUGGAGUCACAACUCAACUCGCUUUCCAUCCCCGGAAGGUCGCUGCGCAACAUCCUUUCAUCUGAGCACUGGCGGAAGAGGGCCACCCCCACGAACAUCUUGCAGAGGUGGGCGAAGAUGGCCGCCUGAAGG